AAUCAAUGUCUUUCAAAUGUGAAAAUCACAGCACAUUAGAUACAUGGGUGUGCCAGGCUGAAGAGUUUAUAUGAAGACAAGAUAGUAAUUGUUAAAAUAAGAUGUAUAGCAACUAAAGUGGGAAAAAGUGCCCCAAUAACUCAUUUGUUGGACAUAUCAUAAGAAUGGCUAAAUUAGGCAAAAUAGAAAUAGAAGUUUAAAAAAUGGAAUAAAGAUCAGCAACAUCAAAUAAGUGAUUUCACUUUAAUGACUAGAAAUGAUGAAGAUUUUACAAAUUUCUUUUAAGCCACAAUAAAAGAAUGCAAAAGCAAUCUGCUGCUUAGCAUUUAAAAACUCAACAUCAACAGGCAAUGCCAAUCUAGUGAAAAUAGAUGAAGAAAGUGAUUAUAGUAAGAUAAAAUUUAGCUUCCUAGGUUCACACAUUCACAGGCAGCCUCAAAAUAAAGAAACAUCUACUUAGAUAAAUCUAAACAACAUACAGAGAGGUAUCCCACUGACAACAGAAGUAUAUAUUGUCUAGGUCAUGGUUUCCUAGUUCUAGCCAUAUGGAUAUGGAAGCUGGACCAUCAGAAAAGCUAAAGGAAAAUGGAGGUCCUUGAAUUAAAUGUUGAGAAUAACUUGGACUAUAAGGACAACAAAUCAUUCUAUAUAAGAUAAAGUAAAAUCAGACUACUCACUGGAAGCACUAAUAAAGCUUCAAUAUUUGGAUAUAUAAUAAGAAGAAAAUCCUGAUCCAAGGAAAAUCAAAGACAAUUAAAAAAAGAAGCCAACAGAAGAGCAGGUGCAAAGAUACUAUCACAGAUGACAUGAUCAUGAACUCACAUGAACUCAAAAAAACAGUUACUGACAGACAAUAUAAAUGGUAAACAAUCAGAAAUGGCUGAACAAUAACAGAAACAAGAGGAGGAGGCUCUUUAAUUGUUGCUGAAUAACAGUCUUUGUCCCUCACCAUUUACAGACAAGUUGGAAUGCAAUAAUAUGUGAAGUACAACAUUAUUUCUUUACCACAUGCAAGUGAACAAAUCUGCAGUUAAGUUUCUCAGGGCACACAUACUAAACUACAUCAGCUUCCUAAAGAUCAUAAACUAUCCCAGAAAAUUAGUAGAAAAAUGAGCAAUAAACCUAUCACUAUACAGUGUGAGCUUUACAUUGUUAUUUUAAGAUACGGUCAGUAUUAUUCAAUCAACUAUCAAUACAAUCUGUAGUCAGAUAAAUAAUUAGAAACAGGAACAGUCAAAUCAUUUUGAGACUAUGCUCAUCUGACAGUAAAACCCCACAAAGUAUAAACAGGCUGUUUUUCUAAGUAGACACACAUUGCAUGGGCUGAAAACCUACAAUUCUAAGCAAUCAAUUGGCCUUAUUUCCAAAUAAACAUAUAUCCACCAUGUAAUUAGGAUAUUGAGUGUGACUGCCAGAGCCUUCUUUCUCUUUUGAGAAUAAGUACUGUGAAUGUACAUAUUGGUUGUGUUAGUCAUGCAGAAGCUGUUAAAAAUGUUUCAGAGAUAAAUCUCAGGGAUUAUACAUGGUCAUUCAGUUAUGAAUAUUCCUCAAAGGUCUCUGAAAUGGCAGAACUUUAGAGCCUCUGCUAAUCCUUUACAGAUCUGACAAGUGUGGAACUGUGAAGGGCACGAUGGCAUAUUAUUAAGAUCCACAUUGCAGCAUAAGCAGUAUUAGUUAUGCUGUAGCCUGCUGGAUUAUUAUAACAAAUAGCUUGAUCUUGUACAUGUUAAUGAGAGGGGGAGGAAAAUUUGAAGGUUCACAGGAUUGAAGCCAUCUCAGUCAGGCUUACCUCUGAGUAUGUGUAUUUUAGAAUCAGGCUAAACAUGCAACUAUUUAUAGUUUUCCACUGCUAUCUAGAAGUCAUAAUUGUAUGGACCUGCAAUAUAUUUACCUAGUUAUCUUGCACCCUCAUCAUGUGUGUCUCCUUCAAAGUAAAGCCACUAUGCUCUGAAUGAUUACUUCCAGUAAACGUUCAAAGAACUGCAGCUUUAGAAAUAAAUUACCUCUACUUUGAUGUCCCCUUUAUAGAUCCUGACCUUGUAGUGAGGAAAGAACUUCCACAUCCUAAUGACAUUAUGAGCUGUACCACUGGGAGUGUACUCUUUCAAAAGAAUUCAUGACCGACCGGUCACAGACAAGAGAUCAGACUGAACAUAGUCUACUAGAAGUGCCAAUCUACUUCAGAAGUCUAUCACCAAAUCCAAAUCCAUUCGCAAUCAGACAAUGACAUGAUACUGAAAAAUAAAUCACAACCACCAUCAUCCCAGAUUGGAAGAUAAUUAACAAGAUGUUGGGGAAGAGCAGAAGGCAAGUAGAAAUAGCACCAAGAUUUAUGAUGUGGCUUGAUUAAAACACAAAAUCCUGCUGGUUAUAAUGCCCAGAGGAAAAGAGAAGUUAGGAGCUGUAAAGACAUUUUUGCCAUAAAUAUCAGAAGAGAAUCAAAUCUUCUCUUGCAGAGAAGAAAGUCAUAGAAGUGAAAUAGCAUAAUUUUUAGCAAAAGAGUAUCAAAAUCUAAAAAUGAUAACAAAAUUUCAAUUUGAAUCCAAGUCAAGUCACUCAGUCAUACAGUAUGGUGUUCCAAGUCUAUAUUCCAACCAGAAAUGCAGAGAAAGCAGAAAUUGAAUAGUGCUAUGGUAAAUUGCAGCACUUUGUGAUACAACCUAAAGACAUCAUGCUAAUUAUAUGAGAAGGUAUGCUCAAGUUGGAAAGAAGUUAGCAUCUGGAAUAUAGUAGUGGGAAAGUUUAUUCCAUAUGUACAAAACAAAGCAGAAGACUGAGAAAUAUUCUUCAAUAAACUUAUGUGUGGACAUAAGAGGAUGGAAGGGGGAAGGACUGGUGACCUCCACUUAUGGCAGAAUUCCAUCUGAUAUUCAAAACAAAUGUGAUAUUUGCAUAUGUUUUAUAAUUAUCGAGUUCAGAAAUUACACUAAACCUGAGGUAACAUAAUGUGGCAUCUUUGAAUGUUCUAUCCUUGAUGUCAACCAAACCCUGCCUUGCCCUAUUUUAAUGCAUAAUACUGUAAUAAUGAUGGAAGCUGGUGAAGUUCAGCCCCAAUGGCAUUUUGCAGCAUAACAUUAUAAGAAUGUUUCCAGCUGCAGUCCACUAGUGCACCUGUCUUUAUGCAUCAGUCCCUCAGCUUCCCAAAGUAAAGUGGAAUAAUAAAGAAUAAUGAAGAAUAAAGUAGAAUAAAGUGGAAUAAUAAAGAAUAAUGAAGAAUAAAGUAGAAUAAAGUGGAAUAAUGAUAAUGAAAAAUCACUAAAAGAAAAAUGAUGCGUCUGCAUAGUUACUGGAAUAAAGCUGUGCAAGCAAUCUGUGACUAACCAAAUACGCAGGGCAUUUAGAAACAUUGUAUGAAGCAAAACUCUCUUCAUUGUAUGCCUGUGAGAAACUAACCGAAGGAAAUACAAUGUAGAUUUAUGUAUGGUUCUUUGUUCCUGAGAAAUGGAAAGUAUAAAACUGUAGUUUAAACCCACCCUCUUUGUUCAGAAUUGCUGGUUGUUAAUUGCUUCUGAAUCUUGCACAAAAUAAAUCUCUCUGCUAACACCCUCUGGAAUUCGUAAAAGUCUCUUACGUUUUUCUACAAGAAAAGAGUUUCUGUGCUUAAAAUUCUUCUUCGAUAUAGUAGAAGCAGCCACUUCCUAAGACGUUUCUUCUUCGAAAACAAGGAUUUAUGUUCAGCUGACACACUGAGCCACCAACUACUAGUCGCAUUCGUAGCAAGGGAACUGAAUGAAAGCAGAAUUCAGUGUAUUCUGCGAAUCGAGAAAAUUUGGGCCACCUAAGCAUGGUCCUGAGCCCUCUUCAUCUCGGUAUUUGCAAGCUCACGUCCUUAAUGAGACCUACAAACUAGCACCACCAAUCAGAGUUUAGAAGCGAUAGGGUUGCGCUCCACCGCCGCGCAAUCUGUUGCUCAGAUACGGCGGCGCGCGGCAAACUGUCGCUACCCGUGGCUGACUCGAGCUCGCGUUCGCUGACUCAGCAGUCGGAACGAAAUCGCCGCCUCGGAUAUGGCGCUCCACCCGAAGCAAAACGAGGCGAGGCCGCUAAGCAGAGAUGCCUUUCGUUUCCAUGGCUGCACAUGUAUACGCUCAGCAAACCGCGCGAGGCCUCAAGGAAGACCGGAUUUUCCCAAGACACGGGGCGGGUUUUGGAGACGUGGCAGCGGAAGGCGGAGAUCCACAAGGGCCUUCAGUAAACAAAAACCACCAAUGUCUGCAGCAGAAAAAGGCACCUCAGAAGAUCGAAGAAACAUUGGAAUUGUCAGAUGGAGCAGCAUUAUUGCCUCUGGAGAAGGCUGAGCAACAGGAAGCCAGAAAUCAACAAGUGGAAGUUGAACAGUCUUGUAAUAGUGGUCCAGCUGCAGCAACAAGUCAUCAGCUUGUGAAAAAGAAAAUGGAAUUGCAGGAGAAGUCUCGGUGGGAAAUCCUUCAACAAGAGCAGAAACUGAUGGAAGAAAAAAAUAAACGCAAGAAGGCUUUCCUUGCUAAAGCAAUUGCUGAAAGAUCUAAAAGAACUCAGGCUGAAACAGUUAAAUUAAAGCGAAUCCAAAAGCAGCUCCAAGCUUUAGAUGACAUGGUAUCUGCUGAUAUUGGGAUCCUGAGAAAUAGGAUUGAUCAGGCAAGCUUGGAAUAUGCAUGUGCUCGGAAACGUUAUGAUAAAGCAGAAUCAGAAUAUGUGGAUGCAAAACUGGAUCUCCAAAAGAAAACCGAAGUCAAAGAACAACUUGCAGAACACUUGAGCACAAUCAUACAGCAAAAUGAACUCCGAAAGGCAAAGAAAUUGGAGGAGUUAAUGAAAGAGCUGGAAGUAGAAGCUGACGAAGAGAACCUGGAACUAGAGACAGAAGUAGAGCAAAUGUUGCAACAGCAGGAAGCAGAAGCUAGAAGGCAAGAGAUCGAGACACAAAAGCUUGCUCCAGCUGAGGUGCAGAAUGCAGAUCCCCAGACUUUGAGUAAAGGACAUGAGAAGGAGAACCUUAGAAAUGUUAAUGGAGCAGCUUAGAAGUUCCCAUACAGAUGAUCAAAGUCACACAGUAAGCUCUGUUUCUGAAAGAAAUUAUAAUUCAUCUGGAACAUGUCUGAUAACAUUAUUUUUGAUAUUUGAAGUCAUAAAAGCACUGUCAUAUAAUCACAAGAAGCCUUUGAGUUUAUACAGUUUUCUAGUCUGUAUUAUUAUUAAAGUACCUUUGUAUGUGUGUGUGUGUGUGUGUGUGUAUUUGUGUGUGAGAGAGAGUGCAUGUGUGUGUGUGUAUUACAUAUACAAAUGAUCUCUUUUCCUUGUCUACCUUCUUCCUUUUCACUGAGAAACCUGCAUGUGAUCCCUUAUGAAGGGGAAAGGGUAAUGUUACCUACAUAAUAUUUAAAGUAUAAAACACCAUGCCAGUUAGGAGUAAGGCAUUGUGUAUAUCUUACAUGAAAAUCUCACUAAAUCCUAUGUUAUUGGCUUAGACAUACUCCUCUAUUAAAAAACUUAUUUUUCAGUGCUCACAAAUGAAUAUAAAAGGAUAUGGCUGAGCAAAUCAGGAGAAAAUCUGAUUCUCCCAACUGCCAAAUAUUUUCUAUCCUUGUAAGUGAUUCUGUAAAAGAAAAUGGUUGGGCCAUUAAUAAAUUAUGUUUCUGGACUAAACCUAAUUACUGAGCAAUAAAAGUGGAAAUACCUUCCAAUGUUUUAAAUAUAUUAUUAAUUGAAGUAUAAACAAAUAUUUAAUAAAUAGGAAACAAAACACUUUUAAACUCAUACUUGGAUUCUCACGAUUCUCUAGUGAUUUUAUUAUUUUCCCUUUUUAUUUUCUUCAUCUUUUCAUGUUUCGCUACCAUUCAUGUAUUGUUGUAGUGCUAAUCCUUUAUCCUUACUUGCAUAAUCAACACAUGCCAAAUUUCAAAAUGUCCCCAUUUCCAAAAUUGGGUUAGUUUUUCUUGUAUUGCUAUGUUAUGCACUAAAAUAAAAUGGUUUCAUAGAAAAUGGUUAACGUUCUUGUUUUUAAAAA